CCUUGGCCCAUUGACUAUAAUCCGAACCAAACUGUUAACGAAGCCAGACCGACAGCCACACGAAUCGAUCGAUCUAUCUAUCUGUUCGUCAUCCUUGCGAGCCAGACCGACCAAACGGGACGACGCACGGCGGCGUGCCCUAUCUCGGACAGACUGCGGUGUGCCCAGGCUUUGAGAAAAAAAAUCCCUAGGUCCGCCAAAACGGGAAAGAAAUCUGAGAUGGCGGGGAUGAGACCUGAGAUGCAGCGGGAUGAGGAGGAGCCGACGGGACCGGUGGAGCUUACGGAGAAUUCUUACUCACCUGAUGAAUAUCGGGACCAAACGAUGGAACAUCACGAAGCUCGGGUGACAGAAGCUUGGGGGCCCGAAGAACCUGUGACAGAAACGGAUGAGGUAGGCAGGGGAGUAAGGAGAGCUUUGCUCGACAUCAAAGAGAAGUAUUGCUCGACAUCAAAGAAGAAGAAAAGUAGACCGGAUAAGGAGGCCUUGCGGCUGCUGGUCAAAGAUUUGUCCGACAAAUUCGACAUAUCUAUGAGGAGUACCUCAGCCGUAAAGGAGCACACGCCUAUGGUCGAAUCAGACGAGCUGUUAAUCGAAGAAGCUGCAGCUGCAGAUCCCAGUGCCGCAACCGAUUCAGUGACCAGAUCGGGACAGUGCUCUGUCCAAGAUGAUCUGGAUCAUGGAAGAGGCGAAUCAGCCAUGACAUUGUCCAAGAAGAUGGCAGACGAGAUGGUUGAUGAGGCAAAGGAUUUUUAUGCACACUAUACUCGGUGGGAAUCUACAUGGAGCGAAAUCUGCGGUCCCUUCGAAUUAACGACGCUGUUGACCUCUAUGCAGUUUACACACUACACACCUGGACACCUCCCACCCAAUAUGGCCGCGUCCACCCCGGCCACCUUGCAGAUAAUCUCCAUCAAGCUCGCAGAAGUAGCUGGUGGCCUCCAAUUGCCGUUGUCCGUGUAUGGUCUGGUUGUCGUCCGAGAUGUCGUGGAUCAUAACCGCAACUUUCUCUUCUCCCUUGAUAGGGAAAAUUCUCAAGAGCUAACACAAGAUGAUCCCUUUUUGCGCAUGAUUGGCCCGUCUCGUGCUGUUGUAUACAGGCCCAUGGUUGUAUAUACAGACAGAGUCACCUUUGAAAUCCAGCUAUACGUAAAAGGACCAACAGAGUCUCAAGAUAAGGCAUUGAUCACUCAAGCGCGUGGUUACUGGUUACCACGCACUAUUUGGUGAUGCAUCUACCGUUUGCUUUAAGAAUUGUUUAUGCAUGAUAGAGUUACAGGUGCGGGUUGUUGAAAGAACGACCCAGGCCACUAUCUUGGGCGUCCAGGCUGAUAGACCCGGCAGAGGUCGGUCAUAUCCUUUUGAAUAUGGUGCCCGAGUUACUUGCUCCCCACUACCCGGGAAACGGAAUCACCAUGAUAAUCAAGUCACUCGUGUUACUUAUCCAGCAUCCGGUGAAAUUGUGAUGGUUGAUUCAAAAGAUGGAGCAAUGCUGAAAGGCUCUGAUGGUUACCUACAUCUGCCAAGGACUGUUGUUUCUGUAGAAUGUGAAGGAAGGUUGGAUGUUGAUAUACAAGCCUACUCCAAAUCUGGUGAAAUUGCAGCGCUGGAGCAUGUAAGUUUCGUGCCCAGACUUAGCAAAAUAAGCAGGAGAAAUUGUUACGUUCUUGGAGUUAAGGUGGUGAUUACCGUUGCUUGGUCCCGUGUUGCUAAGGACAAGCAUGAUGUUAUGAUACUUGGUUCUUUGGUUUAAGCUUGUUGCUCCUGAUAUCCAUGUGGAUUGCUGUAGCUUGCCAGUAGUAUUUCUGUAUCAGUUAGCUAUGUAAUUUGUCCAACUGUUGUGUAUUGGCUACAGCUUUCAGCUAUUUGUUUAUGUUUUCC